AAAGGUCACCUAUUUCAUUAUAUUGAAAAAUAACGUAAAAGAUAUUAUGAAUAAAUAAUUAAUAAAUUGACUUUACAUUAAUUGGGUAUUUCAAUUCAUUAUUCGAUAUGGAUUUUAUUGAUAUGGUCAUAGUUGAAAAUAUGUCGUUAGAUUAGAAAUCAAUAAUGUUUUAUAAAAGAAAUGACGAGAACUAAUACAACUAAAUAUAAAAUAUGAUGAUUGCAUAUAUUCUAAAUGGAUAGUCAGAACAAAUGGGCAAAAUUGUCUCCAAGGGAAUUUUGUCAAUUACAAGAGUAUUUAUCAUAUUCCAACAGAAAAGUCAAAGAUGUACUGGAGAUAUUUAAACCUGGCGGAGUUUUAAAUAAAUACAAUCCUGAAGAACCUAUCACUUAUGAAGUUUUUAGGAUAUUUAUGGAUAAUUAUCUUGAAACUCAAGCUCCAGAUCAGCUCUGUCGGCAUUUAUUUUUAUCAUUUGUUAAAACCCCGCCUCCAUCUAUAAAGAUGAUUGAUGAGCAUACUCAGGCUGAACCGGAAAAGGAUGAUAGUGUUGUUCUCAAUGAAAGAAGAAUUUCAAUUCAUAAAGAAAGUUUUUUUAAUAAUAAGAUUUGGAAAGAGAAGAUAAGUUAUUCAUUAUCUAAGGAUAAACCCUGGUAUAGAAAACAGGAACACAUAGUUGAAAAUAACUAUGAAUGGGACAAAAUUAAACUGAAAGAUAAAGAACAUAAUGUAGAGUGCAAAAUUUAUAGAGAACUUAUAAAACUGAAUGUCCAUCACUCCAUUAGCCACAUUGAAGUAGCAAGAGGUAACGAUAUUGAAAAAUAUAUGCAUACUAAUAAAACUAUCUCUCAAGAAUCAGUAUCAAUUCAUAACAAGCUAAUUAAUAAUAAACAUGAAGAUGAUUUAGCAUCUUUUAUUUUAUCACAUCUAUGUUGCAGUUUGAAUAAAAAUGACACGUGUAUUUUGAAAUAUCAGCGAGAAAAAUUAGAUUCCGUUCUUGCAGGAGCAAUUUUAAAUGCCUCACAAACUUUCUUAGUCCCUGUUAUAUCACCUUCCUUUGAUUCUAUUCAAACACCUUUUUCUGGAUUUAGCCUAGGAAAUAGAAAAUCUAUAUAUUCUACAAAUGACCUCAACGAACUUUUUUAUGAUAGAUUUAAUGACAAAAUAUAUGAAACAAAAGCCAAAAUUAACAAAAAUAAAAUAGUAAGAUAUUCAAAAUCAACAAAUUCUAAAAUUAAGAAUGGUUUAGAUGAAAAAUAUGAAAGUAGUAAGCUUGAGAUGGAAUUUAACAGUAGUCCUGGAUUAGAUUUUUCUAGAAAAAACAAACGAUUCGAGAAUAUUAAUACCAAUUUUUUAUCAAAAGAUGGGAUUAGACAUAAUAGUUUAAGUGAAAAAGCUUGUUAUCAAAUAUCCGAUAGAAUUUCAACCCAUUAUAAAUCUUUAAGAACAUCUUUAAUCCCUCGCCGUGAAACUAUAGUACUUCUUCAGCAAAUAUUGCACUAUUAUAAUCAACAAAAGCAUAAUAAAGACUUGGAAACAUGGAAUGCUUUAUACCCUCCAAAAAAUCGCAAAGGAAGAUCUAUUGAUCUCUCUCCUCCAUAUAGCCAAUCAAGCUCUUCAAGAAAGUCCCAUUUUUCCAUUCUCACUAAUCCAAACUCGGAGGAUAUAUUAGAAAAAGUUACGUCAAAACUUAACACACUCAAGGUCAUUGGACAAAACACAUUCGGUUCGCGAGAAAAUAUAGAUGGCAAAGAUAAACCAGAACUUUUGUUUAAUCUACGUACCAAAAGUUUUUUUAGUCACCACCCACUUCUGGAUCCAGUUAAGACCGAUUUAUUGAAAGCCAAACAGCCUAUCUUAGAUAUAUCAGAAUGUAAAAUAGCCCUCAAAGAUAUUGUGUGCUAUCUGAGUUUAUUGGAAGGGGGAAGUCCAAAGGAAAAGUUGGAAUUUAUGUUUCGACUAUACGAUGUUGAUGACAAUGGAGUUUUAGACAGCUCAGAAAUAGAUUUAAUCAUUAAUCAAAUGAUGAAUGUCGCUCAAUAUCUUGGAUGGGAUAUAGCAGAAUUACGGCCGAUUUUACGCGAUAUGAUGUUAGAAAUUGAUUAUGAUUCAGACGGCGCCGUUACAUUAGAAGAAUGGAUUAAAGGAGGAUUAACAGUUAUACCACUAUUAGUUUUGUUAGGAUUAGACCAGGCCGAUACUAGUAUUAAAGAUGAUGGCAUUCACGUAUGGACUCUCAAACAUUUCAAAAGACAAUCCUUUUGUAAUCUUUGUUUAAAUGUUUUGGUGCAUUUUGGACGUCAAGGACUAAUAUGUACAUUUUGCCAUUAUACUGUACACGAACGAUGCGUUAAAAAGGCGCCUCCAUCCUGCAUUCAAACAUAUGUUAAAACUUCUAAAAUUGACCAAGUUAUUCUUUUAAAUUACAUAUUAAUAAAACGAUUAAUAUCUAUAAAUAAAUAUUAUAUUUAUCAUUUAAAAAUGUUUUCCUAUAAUCUCGUUGAUAAUCAUGAAAUAAUUAAGGAAAUGGAUCAUCAUUGGGUCGAAGGAAAUUGUCCUUUUAAAUGUGAUAAAUGCAAAAAAUCCAUUAAAAACGGAACUACCGGUUUGCAUUGUUGCUGGUGCCAAGGAUCUUAUCACAACAAAUGUGUACCUCAUAUAAAACCCGAGUGUAAUUUUGGCGAACUUCGUGAUCAUAUUUUACCACCGACAUGUAUUAGACCCGAAGUUUUGGGAAGAUCUUCCAAAAAUUACAAAAACACUUCAAGACCAGAUUUAUCCAAAAAACGCAAAAAAUCUGGAGAAGAAAAAAAUAGAGAAAUUGAUACAACAUCAAUAGCCAAUAUAUCAUUCCAAAUAAACCCUUUACUGGGCACUCAUCCCCUGUUAGUUUUGAUAAACCACAAGAGCGGUGGUAGACAAGGUACCAGAAUUAUGCGUAAAUUUCAAUAUCUCCUCAAUCCUAGACAAGUAUUUAAUAUAAACAAUGGGGGGCCCAUAGUUGGGUUGCAGUUUUUUAAAGAUGUAUAUCCCUGUCGUAUAUUAUGUUGUGGGGGUGAUGGGACUGUUGGUUGGAUACUUGAAACUAUGGAUAAAGUCGAUUUUAAAUGUAGACCUCCGAUAUCUAUUCUACCUUUGGGAACUGGUAACGAUUUAGCCAGAUGUCUUAGAUGGGGUGGAGGAUAUGAAGGUGAAAAUAUCAUGGAUAUUUUAAAAAACGUAGAGAAGGCUUCUAUAGUGAUGAUGGAUAGAUGGUUCAUUACUUUUUCAGAAAUCGAAAUUUCUUCAGAUUCUCUAGAUACUAAAGAAUUUGGUGAUCCUGUUCCAAGCAAUAUAUUUAACAAUUAUUUCUCAAUUGGAGUGGACGCAUCAAUUGCUCAUAAAUUUCAUGUCAUGAGAGAAAAACAUCCAGAAAAAUUUAGUAGUCGAAUGAGAAAUAAGUUGUGUUAUUUUGAACUCGGAACUAGCGAAACGUUUUUUUCAUCUUGCAAAGAUUUGCAUGAACAUAUAAAAAUUAUGGUCGAUGGAGAUGAAUUGGAUUUGUCUAAAGGUCCAUCAUUAGAAGGAAUUGCUAUUUUAAAUAUACCAAGCAUAUAUGGAGGCUCUAAUUUAUGGGGCGAUAAUUUGACAUCUGGGAAAAACAUACUGGCCAAUUGCUUUGAUAAUAAAAAUGAUAAGGGAGAACAAAUGUCCGCGACUGGCUGGGAUUUAUCACAUUUAGUACAAGAUAUAGGAGACCAAUUAAUUGAAGUUAUUGGUUUAGAAAGUGCGAUUCACGCAGGCCAGGUUAAAGCGGGUCUGAGAAGCUCAGGGCGACGUUUAGCGCAAGGUUCUCAAAUUAUUAUAAAAACUAGUCGUCGAUUUCCAAUGCAAAUAGAUGGUGAACCAUGGUUGCAACCCCCAUGCACGAUAAACAUGAUUUUAAAAAAUCGAGUUCCUAUGCUUAUGGCUCCACCUUGCAAAAAGAAAAAAUCUAUUUGUGGCAUCAAUGUUCCCGGAUAUUCAAAACUCCAAUGAUGGAUGAUAUCUAUAAGUAUGGAGAUUACAGGCUCUACGGUUUGAUUAGAUAACAUAUGGUCUUACUGAUGCUGCAAAAAAUAUAUUAGAUAUAACUCAAGGUCAAAAUACAUGUGAAGAUGAUGUGCAACAGUAUAUAAUAGAAAAGGCAAAUAAGAAUGCUGAAUGGGUAACGGAUAUUGAAAUGCGAAGUGUUGCCACAUUUCUCAAUACCCCGAUAAUGGGGUAUUCUAAGUAUGGAGCUCCAUUUUACUGGCAAUUGUGUCCCCUCUUUAAAUAUGAUGAUGAAAAUAUAUAAAAAUUUGAAUUAAAACGUUUACAUUAAAUUCUGGAUCCCAUUUUGUUAAUGUUAUUGAUUGAAGAUUAAUUACAAAUGUUGCUAUUUUAUAUUUUUUACUAAAAGUAUAUUUUAGUUGAUUGUAUUUGUCUAGUUU